AGAGGUCCGAAGAACAAACAACAAACGCAUUCGCACAACAUUUCAACGCAACUCUCUCUCUCUCUCCGUGUCUCUCCCUCUUUCUCUCUCGAACUACAGGCCUUUCGGAGAAGGAAAGCCUCUGCGGAGAAGCUUGACAAUGGCGUCCUCGUCGGUGAACUUGGAAGACAUUCCGUCGCCAGAUCUCAUGACCGAGCUCCUGCGCCGUAUGAAAUGCUCCUCCAAGCCAGACAAACGCCUCAUUCUUGUUGGUCCACCUGGAUCUGGAAAGGGCACCCAGUCACCAAUUAUUAAGGAUGAAUAUUGUUUGUGCCAUUUGGCUACUGGUGACAUGCUGAGGGCUGCUGUUGCGGCUAAAACUCCUCUUGGGAUUAAGGCUAAGGAGGCUAUGGACAAGGGGGAACUUGUUUCUGAUGACUUGGUUGUUGGGAUAAUUGAUGAAGCAUUGAAAAAGCCUUCCUGUCAAAAAGGUUUCAUCCUUGAUGGAUUUCCAAGGACCGAGGUCCAAGCGCAGAAGCUUGAUGAGAUGCUUCAGAAUCGUGGGGUUAAGAUUGAUAAGGUUCUCAACUUUGCAAUAGAUGAUGCGAUCUUGGAGGAGAGGAUUACAGGUCGCUGGAUUCACCCUGCUAGUGGUCGGACAUACCACACAAAAUUUGCACCUCCAAAAGUUCCUGGUGUGGAUGAUGUCACGGGAGAACCUUUGAUUCAGCGUAAAGAUGAUACUGCAGCUGUUCUCAAGUCGAGGCUGGAGGCAUUUCAUAGACAAACUGAACCAGUAAUUGACUACUAUACGAAGAAGAGUAUUGUUGCAAACCUUCACGCAGAGAAACCCCCCAAGGAGGUCACCGAUGAGGUCCAGAAGGCGCUCUCUUCAUGAGGAGAAGCCAAAUUUAUUUAACUUGAAAAUUUCAAGAUUAUUAAGACAUCGAGACUUGAAGAUUUUUGCUGGAAUUAUCGGGUGUUCACUGUGUUGUUAGAUCACUUGCAUGCCGGCAUUUCAUUUUGCUUUGUUUGACUGUAGGCGCUGGCUUUGUAUCAGCGCUCGAGUUUUACUUUUAUUCAGUUAAUGGAUUAACUACAGAGGUUCUAAUA